UCUCUCCAUUGAACUAAAGAUGACGUCUAAUUUUAAAAUUACGAUUAUAUUCCUUGGUUGCGUUCUUCUCGCAAUUGCCAACGGCCAGCACUACCAGUAUCAGCAAUACCCGUACAAUAAUCGACAAUAUCAUUACCCUCAACAACGGCCGGUUCAAAAUAGAAGCCCUUACGGAGUUCGGACUUUGGGAAAUGCACAGGGCUCCCAAGACGGAUUCCCACCGGUUGUAGGACCUCCUCCUGACGCUGGAGUUCCACCAGUACUUGGACCUCCUCCUGGUGUCGAACUUCCUCCGAUAGGUGGACCACUCGGUUUUGGUCCACCCCUUCCAUCCGGUGGCUGCAAUCUCUGCGGGGGUCCCAAUGUACUGGCCGGCAAUAAAAAAGACAGAUUUGGUUAACAAUAGGUUUAAUAGAAUAUUAAUUGCAUUUUUAACAACUAUAAUAUUUUUUGAAACAAAAAAAUGUUUAAUGUCUAAAAAUAUAAAUAUUCAAUAUAAACUUUGAAAUGCUAAUGCUUUUCAGAAAACUCAA